AUGGGAACAGUUUCGAAUAGAACAAAGAGUGAAACUACUAUAGUGGGUCGAACUGAAUCUGCUUCACUCAGAUACGAGUGGAUAAAAGCAAAACGACACAUUCCUCCGGAUCAUCGGAAAAUGGCUAUGGCUACGCGUGCGAUUCGAUGCCAGUUACUGUCGCCGAGACUUGUUGUUCCUAGGUGCGAAUCAUCGGAACCGAUUAAGCAGAUCCAGAUCCAACAGCGACCGAGAGGCGGCGAUAUGGCCGAGAACGGGAAGAUCGUGCUUCAGCCGAGGCUCUGCACGCUGAGAUCUUACGGAUCUGAGCCAGGUGCGAUGGUCGUCGCUAGAAAAGACGGCGGAGAUGUCGGAGGAGGAGCUGAGGCAGAGUUAGCGACGCCGUUUUUCGAAACGCUCACUGAUUACAUAGAGAGUUCGAAAAAGAGUCAGGACUUCGAAACAAUCUCCGGCCGACUCGCCAUGAUCGUGUUUGCGGCGACUGUGGCGGAGGAGGUUGUUACCGGGAACUCGUUGUUCAAGAAACUGGACGUGGAAGGAUUGAGCGAAGCCAUUGGAGCGGGUCUUGGAGCGAUGGGAUGCGCAGCCGUAUUCGCCUGGCUAACGAUUUCUCGGAACCGAGUCGGACGAAUCUUCACAGUGAGCUGCAACUCGUUCAUUGACUCGUUGGUGGAUCAGAUCGUCGAUGGGUUGUUCUACGACACUGAGCCUAGUGAUUGGUCCGACGAAGUUUAA